ACUCUUGAAACCAACCUCUCUCGUUUUAACUCGCCAUCAUGGUCUAUAGAAUGAUGAUAUAUGUGGAUGGGGCAUGUCGACGAAAUGGCUCUGACAACGCAAUUGGUGCCGCUGCCGCCGUUCAUAAAAGCCGCCAUGGAACAAGGCCUCAUUGUUGGGCCCGGCGGCUUGAAGCAUAUGAGAGUCCCACAAACCAGCAAGCCGAGCUCAUUGCCGUUAUUCUGGGCCUAGAGAUGGCACUGGACAAACACCAACAACUGCGCUCGAACCCGGUGCUUGACAUUACAAUCCAUUCGGACUCGAGAUAUGCUGGAAACGAAGUGGCCAAUCGGGGUUUGAUUGAGGCGGCCUCAGAUCUUGACGACAAGCUCCAGGACCUAGGAGAUGUUACAUACACCUGGAUUCCGCGAUCGCGAAAUACAGAUGCUGACCGUCACUGCAAUGAGGUAUUGGACGACAUGGAGAAAGCCAAAGAUUACCAGUGAGCAGGGUAUGGUGGCGAAAUAGUGAACAAGAAGCAGUGGUUGAGGAGUGCUUUGACAAGGCGCUUCUCGAAGCUUACAACAUGCCUGUGUCAACUCGUCCGACCCUGAACGACACCACCAGGAUACAAUGGGUACGAUAGUUAAGACAAGAACAUGUAUAUGACGGCAGUCUUUAUCAAGGAGCACUUGCAGUUCUUCAUAUAUACAUUCCUUUCGAUAUUAUUGCAUGAAUAAUCGCCAACAUCAUGCUAUGUA